AAUGAGAUUGAACAGUGCACCAAAGCCAUCCCCUUUGCACAUUUGACAAAUACGCUACUCUGUUUUAGGGCGUUAAGGAUCGGAAACCAACAACACACUCGUUUUUCAUUCUCCUCUCUUUCAGAUCUAUUACCCAACCCACACCUUCCCUCCUCCUUUCCAUUUGAUCCGCCCACCACCUCCAAAAACCCAUGGGAUUGGUCGCCUUCCAACAAAAUGGGGCCGGAGAUUUGGCCUUUUCCGGCCUUCCUUUACGACCCAACAACAAGUACACAAGAAUGGAUUCUGAGCUUGAUGAACAUCACCACCACCCUCAUCAACGCAAUCCUACCUCCACUACCACCAAAUAUGUACUUGCCUGUGCUGUUUUCGCUUCUCUCAACUCUGUUCUUCUUGGAUACGACGUGGGUGUGAUGAGUGGAGCAAUUAUCUUUAUUCAGGAGGAUCUAAAGAUAACUGAGGUGCAGGAAGAAGUUCUGGUUGGGAUUUUGAGUGUUCUGUCUCUUUUGGGAAGUUUAGCUGGGGGAAAAACAUCAGAUGCUAUUGGGAGAAAAUGGACAAUGGCUUUGGCUGCUCUUGUAUUUCAAAUAGGUGCAGCGAUUAUGACAUUGGCACCCACUUUCCAAGUGCUACUCCUUGGUAGAAUAUUGGCUGGUGUUGGUAUUGGGUUAGGUGUUAUGAUUGCUCCUGUUUAUAUUGCUGAGAUUUCCCCCACCGUUGCUAGAGGCUCACUCACUUCCUUCCCAGAGAUCUUCAUAAACCUUGGGAUUUUACUUGGCUAUGUCUCUAAUUUUGCCUUCUCUGGUCUACCUGCCCACACAAAUUGGAGAAUUAUGCUUGCUGUUGGGAUUCUGCCCUCCAUCUUCAUUGGAUUUGCUCUCUUCAUCAUCCCAGAGUCUCCUAGAUGGUUGGUGCUGAAGAAUAGAAUUGAGGAUGCGAGAUCUGUGCUUCUCAAAACCAUAGACAAUGAAAAGGAAGUGGAAGAAAGAUUAGCAGAAAUCCAAUUAGCUGCUGGAGUUUCCAGUGCAGAGAAGUAUGAAGAAAAGAGUGCGUGGAGAGAGUUCUUAAAUCCUUCUCCUGCACUUAGAAGAAUGCUUAUCACUGGCUUUGGAAUCCAAUGUUUCCAACAGAUCACUGGCAUCGAUGCAACCGUAUAUUACAGCCCUGAGAUCUUCAAGGAUGCUGGAAUUCAUGGUAACUCCAAGCUUCUUGCAGCAACUGUGGCAGUUGGUCUUGCAAAGACAGGUUUCAUAAUGGUUGCCAUUAUCCUAAUUGACAAGCUUGGUAGAAAGCCAUUGCUAUAUCUAAGCACAAUUGGGAUGACAAUCUGUUUGUUCUGCUUGGGUUUUACACUCACUUUUCUUGGGAAUGGGAAAGUUGGUGUUGGUUUAGCUAUUUUUUGGGUGUGUGGGAAUGUAGCAUUCUUUUCGGUAGGGAUUGGGCCUGUGUGUUGGGUUUUAACCUCUGAAAUCUUUCCUUUGAAGCUACGAGCACAAGCAGCAGCUCUUGGAGCAGUAGGCAACAGGGUUUCCAGUGGGAUUGUUGCCAUGUCUUUCUUAUCAGUUUCAAGAGCAAUUACUGUAGGUGGAACAUUCUUCAUCUUCUCCUUCAUAUCUGCUCUGUCAGUUGCUUUUGUUUAUAAGUUCGUUCCAGAAACUAAAGGGAAGUCGUUGGAACAAAUAGAAUCACUGUUUCAGAAUGAAAUUGGAUGGAGAGAAAAUGAAGUGGAGCUUGGAGAUGUUGAACAACUUGUUGAUAAGAAUGAACAACAAUGAGCUAAUAUCUCAUUCUUUUCUCUCCUCUUCCACUGCCAUUGCAAUGUGAGAUUCCUGGAAGAAUCUCCAGGAGUCAUCUCUAAUGUUCUUUUUACAGGUUCCAUUUGUAGAAAUUUUUUAGAAAAAAAUGGAUAUAAAUUUGACUGCUUGAGAGGAGCUCUGUCUUUGAUCCCUUCUACUUUUAUGUAAUUUUCUUAGAAAUAAAUGUAGCUGAUAUCAAUACAUAAAUUGGUUUGCAUAUUAUGUGAAGUAAAGAAAGAAAUAUAGAGUUACUAUUGUAAUAUAAAAGUAUGUACACUAUAGUUUUUAAUACAAUUUUUUUUUAUUUGUUUGUUA